GUAUAUUUUGCAACCCCGCGCGCGUGACGAGUCCAGCGAUGUCCUCCGACACCGAGAACAUCCGCGUCGUGGUUCGGUGUCGUCCGCUGAGUGAGAAAGAAAAGGCUGCCGGCUGCCAGAACAUUGUCACCGUUGACAGCGUCCAGGGCACGCUCCUGGUGGCCAACCCCCCCGGGUCUCACGGCGAUGCUCCUCCAAAGAUGUUCACCUUUGACACGGUCUUUGACGCCGACUCGAAGCAGAUGGACGUCUACAACCAGGCUGCAAGACCAAUUGUUGAAAACGUUCUCGAAGGAUACAAUGGUACCAUAUUCGCCUAUGGGCAAACUGGCACCGGCAAGACGUACACCAUGGCCGGAGAUCGGUCUGUGCCGGAGCUGAAGGGCAUCAUUCCAAACACAUUCGCUCACAUUUUUGGCCAUAUCGCCAAGGCUGGCGACGACAAAAAGUUCCUCGUGAGGGCCUCUUACCUGGAGAUCUACAACGAAGAGGCUAGGGAUCUGCUUGCCAAGGACCAAAACGCAAGGCUGGAAGUCAAGGAACGGCCAGACAUCGGCGUCUAUGUCAAGGGCCUCUCAAGCUGCAUGGUAAAGACGGCAGACGAGCUCGACAAGAUCAUGACCUUGGGCAACAAGAACAGAGUGGUUGGUGCGACCAACAUGAAUGCACACAGCUCACGGUCACACGCGCUCUUCACGAUCACGGUGGAGUGCAGCGAGCGUGGCCUGGAUGGGAGGCAGCAUGUGCGCGUCGGGAAGCUCCAUCUCGUCGACCUGGCUGGUUCCGAACGGCAGAGCAAGACCGGGUCGACCGGCCAGCGUCUCAGGGAGGCGUCCCAGAUCAACCUGUCCCUGUCCACCCUGGGCAACGUGAUAUCGGCGCUGGUCGACGGCAAGAGCACCCACAUUCCGUACCGCAACUCCAAGCUGACGCGACUGCUUCAGGACUCCCUCGGCGGCAACGCCAAGACCCUCAUGGUGAUCGGUCGGCUCGCUAUACCUUUGUGGUAUAGCGAGCCGACUUUGUGGUAUAGCCAGCUCGAGACGUGUGCCAAGUUGUUUUUCGUUCAUUCUUUCUCGGUACCAUCAAUGUCAGCGCUUACGAUUUGCCGUAUUCUGCUCCCAUUUUUAAGCCCCUGCCUAAAUCCCCUUUUCCAAGAUGGCUGCUAUGAGGGAUCCCCUUUUCCAAAAUGGUCGCUGCUAGGGGUGUCGCAAACUUUGUUUCGAACCUCGAUUUGGACGUUCGAAUCUCUAGGUUUGACUGGUUCCCUUCGAACUUUCACAAAGGUUAGAAGUUUGACUUAUGAACAGUGUUGCCUGAUUUCUACACAAAUAUUUCAAAUUUUGGGAAACAUAAUAAUUUAGAAAGUCGUUU